AUGGUACAAGACUUAUUUGAGAAAUUAAAAGCUGACUAUGCAACGGCAGACUCUUGCAAUUCAGUUCAAGGUGAGCAGAUCAUGAGUUAUCGUCUAAAUACGGCAGUGUCAGCGCAUAAUCGAAAAUCUGCUAUUUCAGGAGCAGGUCAUGUGGAGACACCAGCAGUACCUGAAGGCACUAAUAAAAGUUCUUCUGUGCUGUGA